AUGUUGAGGUCUAUUGGGUGCAAAAAGGGUUCUUCUCUACUUUUGAGAAGGGCGCUUUUGAAGCAGUCGAACAGCAGGUUCGCUGUUUUGAAGGCUACUAGGUCGAUAGCAACGGGGACGGAUACGUUUCUCUCCACGUCGAACGCACAGUAUAUCGAUGAGAUGUACCAAGCAUGGCAGAAGGACCCAUCGUCAGUUCAUGUUUCGUGGAACGCGUAUUUCAAGAAUUUGAAGAACUUACCAUCCGGGGCGUCCGCCUCUGCCGCUUUCCAAGCACCACCUAUCUUGGUUAAUGCUCCACAGGGCACAGAGGCUGCUCAGUUUGGAUCUGGCUUGGCAAGCAGUGUCGACGAGAACGUCACUUUCCACUUGAAAGUUCAGUUGCUAUGUAGGGCGUAUCAGGUCAGAGGUCACUUGAAGGCCCAUAUAGAUCCGUUGGGUAUCUCCUUCGGUGACAGUAAAGAUAAACCGAUCCCUCGAGAACUGACCCUUGACUACUACGGAUUCAGCGAGAACGAUUUGAACAGGGACAUUAACCUGGGCCCUGGUAUCUUGCCAAGAUUCGCUAAGGAUGGGAGGAAGACAAUGAAGUUGAGGGACAUCAUUAACGAAUUGGAGACGUUGUACUGUCGGUCGUAUGGUAUUCAGUACACACACAUUCCUUCGAAGGAGAAGUGUGAAUGGCUGAGAGAGAGAAUCGAAGUGCCAACUCCGUACGCAUACACUGUGGAUCAAAAGAGACAGAUAUUGGAUAGAUUGAUCUGGUCUACCUCUUUUGAAAGCUUUUUGUCCAGUAAGUUCCCCAACGAUAAGAGAUUUGGGUUAGAAGGGUUGGAGGCUGUAGUCCCAGGUAUCAAGACCUUGAUCGAUCGUUCCGUUGAAUUGGGGGUUGAGGACGUUGUCCUAGGGAUGGCCCAUCGUGGUAGAUUGAACGUUCUGUCCAAUGUCGUCCGUAAGCCAAAUGAAUCCAUCUUUGCCGAGUUCAAGGGUACGUCCAGUAUCAACGAAGCUGAGGGGUCUGGUGACGUCAAAUACCACUUGGGUAUGAACUACCAAAGACCAACCACUUCAGGGAAAUACGUCAACUUAUCUCUUGUCGCCAACCCAUCCCAUCUGGAGGCGCAGGACCCAGUGGUCUUGGGUAGAACAAGAGCUUUAUUACACGCCAAAAAUGACUUGAAAGAAAAGACCAAGGCGCUGGGGGUCCUACUACACGGUGACGCAGCUUUUGCUGGCCAAGGUGUCGUCUAUGAAACGAUGGGGUUCUUGAACUUACCGGAGUACUCGACCGGUGGUACCAUCCACAUCAUUACCAACAACCAAAUUGGUUUCACGACGGAUCCAAGAUUCGCAAGAUCAACUCCUUACCCAUCCGAUCUUGCCAAAGCUAUCGAUGCCCCGAUCUUCCACUGUAAUGCUAACGACAUCGAGGCGGUCACUUUUAUCUUCAACUUGGCUGCUGAAUGGAGAGCCACUUUCCACACAGACGCUAUAAUUGACGUUGUGGGCUGGAGAAAACAUGGUCACAACGAAACUGACCAACCUGCUUUCACUCAACCUUUGAUGUAUCAAAAGAUUGCGAAGCAAAAAUCCGUUAUUGACGAGUACUCAGAGAAACUAGAGGCAGAGAACACGUUCACAAAACAGGAUAUUGAAGAGCACAAGAAAUGGGUUUGGAAUUUAUUCGAAGAAGCCUUCGAAAAGGCGAAAGACUACAAGCCUUCUCAGAGAGAAUGGCUGACUGCCGCCUGGGAAGGUUUCAAGUCCCCAAAAGAGUUGGCCACUGAAAUUUUACCUCACGAACCAACCAAUGUUCCUGCUGAAGUCUUACAGGAUAUUGGGAAGGCUAUCUCUUCGUGGCCGGAAGGAUUUGAAGUACACAAGAACUUGAAGAGAAUUUUGACGCAGAGAGGUAAGUCUAUCAAAGAGGGUGAAGGGAUCGACUGGUCUACCGGUGAAGCUUUGGCUUUCGGUACGCUGUCCUUAGAAGGCCAUAAUGUUAGAGUCUCUGGUGAGGAUGUCGAGAGAGGUACGUUCUCUCAGCGUCAUGCUGUUUUGCAUGACCAAAAGUCGGAAGCUACCUACACACCUUUGCAACAUUUGAGCGAAAAGCAGGCAGACUUUUCCAUUUGUAACUCUUCGCUGUCCGAAUACGGUGUAAUGGGUUUCGAAUACGGUUACUCGCUAACCUCCCCAGAAUACUUGGUUAUCUGGGAGGCCCAGUUUGGUGAUUUUGCCAACACUGCCCAGGUUAUCAUUGAUCAAUUUAUAGCUGGUGGCGAACAGAAGUGGAAGCAACGUUCCGGGUUGGUAUUAUCAUUACCACAUGGGUAUGAUGGUCAAGGUCCAGAACAUUCAUCUGGUAGACUGGAAAGAUUCCUACAGAUGGCCAACGAAGACCCCAGAUAUUUCCCAUCCGAACUGAAACUGCAGAGACAACAUCAGGACUGUAACUUCCAGGUUGUUUAUCCAACGACACCUGCCAACUUGUUCCACAUCCUGAGAAGACAACAGCACCGUCAAUUCCGUAAACCACUGGCGCUGUUCUUCUCCAAGCAGUUACUGCGUCAUCCAUUAGCUAGAUCUAGCCUGUCUGAGUUCACUGAGGGUGGAUUCCAAUGGAUUAUCGAAGACAUUGAACACGGUAAGUCGAUUGCUCCAAAGGAGGAGACGAAGAGAUUGGUUUUGCUGAGUGGCCAGGUGUACACUGCCCUGCAUAGAAAGAGGGGGCAACUGCAAGACAAGAACACUGCGUUUUUGAAGAUCGAGCAACUGCAUCCAUUCCCAUAUGCCCAAUUGCGUGACACGUUGAACUCGUAUCCAAACUUGGAGGACAUCGUGUGGUGUCAAGAGGAGCCUUUGAACAUGGGUUCGUGGGCUUACGCAUCUCCAAGAUUACAAACCACUUUGAAGGAGACUGAGAAGUAUAAAGACCAUGAGAUCAGAUACUGCGGAAGAAACCCAAGUGGUGCUGUUGCUGCCGGUUCCAAGGCUUUGCACACCGUCGAGGAGGAACAGUUCUUGGCGGAGGUUUUCCAACAGGCUCAAGCAUAA